UCGCGCCCUCUGGCCCCGCCGUAUCCCAGGUGCCGAGCUCCUUCCGGUUACGGCUGGCCGAGGCCUCGCCCCUUCCGGCGGUGCCCGAUCAUGGCGCAGGGGCAGCGCAAGUUUCAGGCGCAGAAGCCGGCGAAGAGUAAAACUGCAGCGGCGGCCUCGGAGCGGAACCGCGGGCCGCGGAAAGGAGGUCGCGUUAUCGCCCCCAAGAAGGCGCGCAUCGUGCAGCAGCGGAAGCUCAAGAAGGACCUGGAGGUUGGGAUUCGGAAGAAGAUCGAACACGACGUGGUGAUGAAAGCGAGCUCCAGUCUGCCCAAGAGGCUGGCACUGCUGCGGGCCCCAGCCAAGAAGAAGGGGGCCUCUGCCACCUCCGGGAAACCCUCCUGAGGCCCCAGCCCCACUGCACCCCACAGGCGGCACCGUAGGCAGAGGAUCCUCUCCCCAGCUCCGGGUGACACCGACUUGAGGGGGCACCAUAGCAUGCAGGUGGACCUCCCAGGGCACCAAGAAAGGGGUGUGCUCAGCUGCCUCUGUCCCGUGCCAGGGCCCCGUCUCCACUGCUCUACCCCAGAACAAUAAUAAACCUGGCUCGGCCUACCUCCUGUCAGCCCUCCUGCCAGCGGGUGGUGCCCACCGGGCUCCACUGAAGACCUGUCCUGUCCUGCUCGUCCCAGAUGAUGGUGCUCUGCACAUGGAGCUGGGAGGGCUCUUGUGCUUACUGAGACCCUAGGUGACUCUGGUCACUUCCUCUGUCUGCCCAGCCAUUCCUCAGCCCUGCCCCCAUAAAGCAUUGCCUGUGGGCAGGCAUUAAGGUCACCGCAACUGGCAGGACGUCCAGGUUGGUCAUGGCCUUGACGUUCCAGCUGGAACCUGCAGCUGGCAGACCACAGUCUCCCUGUCCAUCCUGGGGCCCCUCCACCUGCAUUGGUACUCAGGUCUGCUGGACUAGACUGCCUGUGUCCGCAGGGCACUGGCCUGGUCACUGCCCUUUUCUCCUGUGGCUGUGGUCUGGGUGACACUGAACUGUGGUCUUUGGGGAAUGGGGCCUGUGGACACAGAUGGCUGGGCCCCCAUGGCCCAUCCUUUCCUGACCGCCUCAUGCCUCCCUCCAAGGAGUUGCCGUCACCAGUAGAUGUCCCUAAGGACUUAAGCAUAUGGAUAGUGGCUCCCAAAAAUCCACGUGUUUAGGUGGUCCCCAGGGUAUUGCUAUUGGGAGGUGCUGUGAACCUUAAAGAGUAGAGACGGGCUGGGGCUCAGUAGUCCAGCACUUGCCCAGCACCUGUGAGGCCUACAUCCAAAUAAAUAAAAUGUGUUGUGUUCAUCAA